AUGUCCACUGUCCUGCGAGCCGCUGUAAACAGAGACCGCAAUUCGGAAUUGACCAAUGAUGAUGGCAAACUCAGCCCAACGAUCAGUCUGGAAGAAGUUCCGCCGCUCGGGACGCCUAUAGAAGAAGGACGCAAUCGUUUUUGGCGGAGACCAAAGAGAGACCUGGACACUAUUGCAACCCAAGCGUCCGUCUUCGACGAUCCUGCUACUCUUGAGGUUUAUCGUCCGCCACCGGUCUAUGAGAAUGCUCACCGGUUCGAUCCCGCCGCGCGUUGGACAUGGCGCGAAGAAUACAGGCUUGUUCGCAAGAUCGACUACCUUGUUAUGAUCUGGGCCUUCAUAAUGUUUUUCAGUCUUGAUCUCGAUCGCUCGAACAUCUCUCAGGCCAAUACGGAUAAUUUCCUGCCGGAUUUACACAUGACGACCGACGACUUCAAUCUCGGAAACUCUCUUUUCAAAUUGACCUUCCUGAUCGCAGAACUUCCAUCGCAGCUGGUUUCCAAGAGGGUCGGCCCUGACGUUUGGAUACCCAGCCAGAUGAUUCUCUGGAGCGUCGUUUCCCUAAGCCAAUUUUGGCUGUCCGGGCGAGGAUCCUUCUUGGCAACGAGAUGCUUGCUAGGCUUCAUGCAGGGCGGGUUCAUUCCAGAUAUGAUACUCUACCUAUCCUAUUAUUAUACUCGAACUGAAUUGCCAAUUCGGCUUGCUUGGUUCUGGGUGUCCAAUUAUUUGGCUUCGAUUCUUGGAGCGUUUUUCGCUACUGGCAUUCUACAACUGGACGGAGUCAACGGGAAAGCAGGGUGGAGAUACCUCUUCUUGAUCGAAGGAGGAUUAACUCUGUUAGUGGGAAUCGCCUCCUUCUUCAUGAUGCCUCCCAGUCCUACACAAACAAAAGCGUGGUAUCGCCCUAAUGGAUGGUUCUCAGAACGUGAGGAGAUCAUCAUCGUGAACCGCGUUCUUCGGGACGAUCCUACGAAGUCCGAUAUGCAUAAUCGGGAAGGACUAACGCCGAUGAAGAUCUACGAGAUCCUAAAGGACUGGAGAAUGUGGCCGAUCUACAUUCUGGGGCUUACUCACAUGAUUCCCGUCACGCCACCACAAACCUACCUCACGCUGUCGCUACGAGAGCUGGGCUUCAACACGACUCAAUCGAACUUGCUCAGCAUUCCGUCUACCGUCCUCGGUACAAUCACCCUUCUGAUAUCGUGCUAUCUCAGCGAGAUUAUUGACAGCCGCGUGUGGGCAACAAUUAUUCUGCAAUUUUGGGCACUUCCUCUCCUCAUAGCGCUUGAGACAUUCACGGAGCAAACUUCGCCAUGGGUCUAUUUUACGGUUGUAACACUGAUAACCGGCUAUCCAUAUGUCCAUCCAAUUCUGGUGGCUUGGGCAUCAACGAAUUCAUCAGGUGUCGGUACACGCACGGUUUCUGCUUCUCUUUACAAUAUGUUUGUUCAAGCGAGUGGGAUCAUAUCCGCUAAUAUUUAUCGAUCCAACGACGCUCCCUUGUAUAAACGGGGAAACAGAGACUUGAUAGCCAUCACAAUCAUGAACAUAGCGCUGUUCAUCGGAACCUACUUCUUCUAUCGCCUGUUGAACGCCUGGAGGGAAAAAAGAUGGAACGCCAUGACAGCAGAGGAACAACAAGAAUAUCUGGACACCACGAAAGAUCAGGGUAACGAAAAGUUAAAUUUCCGAUUCGCGUAUUGA